AUGUUGGGGUCAUGUUUCUAUUCAUCCUUUGGAAAAUAUAUCCAAAUUAAGCCUUAUAUAUUAAGUUCUAAAAUAAUUAAGAAUGUUAAGUUGUUUAGUACAAGAAAGGUACCUAUCAUAUUAAUUGAAAGUAUUAAAGAUAUUAAGAAUAUGGUUAAUCAUAUCGAAACUAUUUAUUCUAACAAUAAUGAAGAAAAAAGAAAAAAUGUUUUUUCUCAUUUUGAAAAAAAUAAAAUCGGAUUUAUUUAUAUGGAUAAGAAUUGUGAAAAUUUUUAUAAUCUCUGGGAAUAUUAUCAUUUAAAAAAUGAACACAUGACAGAGAAGAAGAAGAAUGUGAAUGAUUAUAAGACAUGUAAUCAUAAUGAUAACAAUACAAAUAACAAAUUGAAUCAUAUAUUUAAAUUUUGUUCGAAUGAUGAUGGUGAUAUGAAUAUUAUGAAAAAAAAUGUUAUAGGUAUUUAUGUUCCUCUAGAAAGAAAUAUUUUUUCCUCAAAAAUUAAUUAUUUUUAUCUUUUUAAUAAUUUGAAAGAACUAAUGAAAGGGAAAUUAUUUUAUGAAAUUUAUUUUACUUUGCCAAAUUGUAUAUUCUUCAUUUCGUUCGUUUCUAUUUAUAAAAAAUUAAUAUAUUAUAACAAAUUGAUUAGAUUUUUUAAGAAAUGCUAUAAACAUAAUAAAAAUAACAAUGAAAGAAAAAACAACAAGAAGAAGAAAAACAAAAGAGGAAAUAUAUUAUAUAAAAGACAUAAAAACAAAAUAAUAAAUAACAAAAAUAAAAUGUUAAUAAAUUUAUAUAGUAAAAAGGAAAAGGAUUUAAAAAAAGAAAUGAAAUUAUAUCUUGAAAAAAUAUUUUUUAAUACAUUAUAUACAAAAGUUAUUUAUGAAGACUCAAUUGAAUUAUCAUCCUUUUUUUAUAAUUUUUUAGAAAUAAAUUUAAAAAAUGUUAUUGACAUGCAUUAUUUAUAUGAAUGUGUUAUUUCAUUAUAUAAUUUAAAGAUUUUAAAACAUGAUAUCUUUUCCACAGCACUUGUUUUAUAUCCUGAUUUGUAUAAUAAUAUCUUAAUAUAUGAAUAUAAAAAGAAAAGGGGCAAAUAUACAAAUCAUGAAUCAAAUAAUAAUAUCAUUAAUAAAUGUGAAGAAAACAAUAUAGAGGUAAAUAGUAAUUCGCAUAUAAAUAUUCAACAUUAUGAUAAUUUAUUAAAUAAAUCUUAUCUUCAUAAUAUAAAAGACAACAUUAGGAGUAAUAAUUUAAAAGAGUUACAUCCAGAUGAAUAUUUUAUGUGCACAAUUAAAAAAAAAUGUAUCUCCAUAUAUAACAAUAAUGAUAAUAAUGAAUUAGUAAAUUUUGAAAGGCACCUGUUACAUAUUAUGUACCUUUUUCCAUGUGUCUCAAAAUUAUUGAUAAAAUAUAAAGAUGUAGAAGGAUAUCAUAUUAGUUUUAAAAUUAAUGCCAUAUUAAAAAGAUAUCACUUAUUGAAUUGUAUAAUAAAUAAAUUUAUUAUGAAUAAAAAUAAACUGAAUGACAGCUUGAAUGAUAAGGAAGAAAAUGUAAUAUGUGAAGGAGGGAAUAAAGAAAGAGGCGCUAUUGAUAAAGAAUUGAAUAUAAAUUAUAAGAAAUCGAUACAAGAUAAUAAUAAUUCAAAUGGAUAUUAUAAUAAAUCGUCUGGUCAUUUUGAUAAUUCGUGUGAUAAUUUUGAUAAAUCACCUGAACAUUUUGAUAAAUCACCUGAACAUUAUGAUAAAUCACCUGAACAUUUUGAUAAAUCACCUGAACAUUUUAACAAAUCAUCUGAUCAUUUUAAUAAAUCUCCUAAACCUAAUAAACAAUUACAUAUACAUUGUAAUCAACCCCCUGAUAAUUAUGCUUCUUACCAAGACAAUUUAAUCCUUUCGUUGUGUAAGCAAAUAAAUAUUAAAGAAGAUAUAUUAUAUGAUCACAAUUUAAUUAUUGGUAAAAAUAUAUAUGCAUACAUACAUGAAAUAAAUAAGACUAAUCAAAAUAUAGUGUUUCGUUUUAAUUUUAAUUUGAAAGAUAUUAAUUUUCAAAAUGUGAUAUGUUCAAAAAAUUCCUAUGAUGAGGAAGAUAAGGAAGAAAAUAUAAAAACAUUAAAUGAAUAUAUACAAAAUAUAUACAAAAAUAUGUUUUUAGAUGAUAUUAUAAUAGAACAACGGAAUGAGCACAUUUAUAAUUAUAAAAAUAAUAUAUUAGUAGGAUUAUUGCAUGAUAAGGAAAAUAAUUUUCAUUAUUUUUCUGAUAAAAAUGUUGGAGAUAUUGUAUUGUGCACAGUGCGUAAUAUUUCUUCAUGUGGCAAAUAUAUAUAUAUAGAACGCUUUGAUACAAAAAAUCUUAUAUUUCUUUUUCGCAAGGAUAAGUAUGUAAAUUUAGAAAGAAAUUAUAAUUAUGAUGAUAUAAAUGAAAUUAAUGAAGAUAUGUUGAAAGAAAUAAUGUAG